UGUCAUGUCAAUUGUGACUGUCAAAGUAGGUGCGUGCUUAGGUUAUAAUAAUUAUGAACUUGGAAUAAAUUCUAUAAAAACGCUUAUUUAAUUGCUUAAACCUUUAAGGAAAGACUAUUUUACUGAAAUGGCUACAAUAUCCUCGGCCCCAGCGCCUGGCAUGCACCAGAUCGAUUUGUCAAAACUAAAUCUACACCAGUUGGCCAAGCUGAAGCAGCAAUUAGACCAAGAACUAAAUGUCUUUCAAGAUUCCUUACAAACACUAAAAAUUGCUCAAGGAAAAUUUGUAGAAUCGGGCGAAAGCGUUGAAAAAAUAACGCCAGAAACAAAAGGAAAGACUAUCCUUAUUCCCCUAACCGGUUCAAUGUACGUGCCUGGCACGAUACUUGAUACGGAUAACGUCAUAAUAGACAUUGGUACUGGAUAUUAUGCACAAAAAGACAUAGAGGGUGCCAAAGACUAUUUCAAAAGGAAAGUACAGUUUGUAACUGAACAAAUGGAGAAGAUCCAAAUGAUGGGAAUAGAGAAAACGAAAGUACGGGAAGCUAUAAUGAUGAUGAUGGAAAUGAAAGUACAGGCACAGGCUCAGGCACAGAAGGCAACCACAUCAUAACAUUAGCAUCUUUUGAAUUUUCUUGCUUAACCACAUAAUCCCUCAUUAAUUUUAAUGCAAGAAUGUGCAUUUAUUUUUGCCCUGUAUAAUAAUUGUCACCUUACUUAUCGUUUAGGUUCAGUUGUAGUGACCUUACAGCUGUGAAUUCUGUUACUUUAAUUAAUAUUUCUGAUCAUCAAACAAGGGGUGCUUUGUCAUCUCUAUACAAAAUUUCACUUAAUUUGAUAACUGAGAUUGAAAAAUCAAUGCUGAGCUUUAAAUGGAGAAGUGAUUAAUCACAAUGUAACAGAUUUAUUUAAUAUCAAAUAGAAACAAAAUGGAUCUUGAGAACAACAUUAAGUGUUAUGCAUGGUAAGAUUGACAGAGUAUUUGUUACUGUUUUUUAAGAAAAUGUCAUUUUAAUGCUGAAAUUAAAUUAUUUGAUUACUCAUAAUAA